ACCUUCUGCACUUAAAACGAGACGGGCGUACGACUUGGCCGUUGGUGAUGAACGAGAAAGAGUGACCGAAGAGUGCAGAGAGUUGCAGCCGCGAGGAACCAACCUCUUUUCUUAUUAUCGCACGUGCAGCAAACAACGGCCAUGUUGCAGCUCGUUCCUGUCGUCGCACGCUCGUGAUCGCACGCCUCGCGACGGACGCGGGACACGCGGGUCGUCGUCGUCGUCGUCCCGGAACUGAACUAUCCCGAGUCGCGAGUGACGUGUGUGUACGUACGGCAGGUGUACGCGGUGCAGGGACCGAGUCGGCAUGUCGUUCGGUAGCGGCUUCGGAGCGUCCCCGUCGACGCCCGCACCCACGUUCGCUUUCGGCACCACGCCGGCGUCCACCGCGACGCCAGUCAAACCUGUUGCAGGAUUCGGAACACCCUCGUUCGGAUUUAGUACACCGACCACUUCAACGCCGGGCCUGUUCGGCUCGCCGUCGACGCAAACUACUGGAUUUGGUACCGGCACCGGAUUCGGUACUCCGCCGGCCACCGGUUUUGGUAGCGCGCCGAGCACAGGUUUUGGAUCCGCACCUACGUUCGGCACCACGUCGACCAGCGCCUUCGGUUCGGCACCGGCCUUCGGUAGUACCCCCGCUUCCUCCACGACCACUGGAUUCGGUACAACUUCGACAUUUGGCAGCGCUCCCGCUGCCACAACUGGCUUCGGCGGUUUCGGGACAGCGACGACGACAUCGACGUUGAGUUUCGGAGGCUUCGGUGGCUUUGGGACGACCACCACUACGACUGGCUCUAACCUGUUCGGCGGAUUCGCAAGCACUCCUUCAACGGGUUUCGGCACAACUACAGGUUUCGGCGCGUUUGGAAACAAGCCGGCUACCACGACUACUGGUUUCGGUGGAUUUGGAACAGGGACAGGAUUUACUGGAUUUGGCACUGGACUGACACAGCCUCAGCAGCAGCAGCAGCAACAACAACAACAGCAACAGCAACCUACAAAUACUGCGUCAGAAGCUCUCUAUAAUGCUGUGUUCAAUUGUCAGUUGUAUAACGACGAGCGAGAUAAUACCAUUGCCAGAUGGAAUCUCAUUCAAGCGUUGUGGGGUACAGGAAAGGCUUAUUAUUCCGUAAAUGCCCCACCCAUAGACUUCACUCAGGAGAAUUCGUUAUGCAGAUUUAAAGCCAUUGGAUACAGUCGCAUACCUGAUGCUGACAACAACGAUGGUUUAGUAGUAUUGUGCUUCAGUAAGAAAGAAAAGGAUGUGCAGGAUGGAAAGCAACAGUUGGUAGUAUUUCUCAAUGGUUUGCUGGGGAAUAAGCCCAAUCUGACGGUAACCGUUGAUAACGUCAAGUCGACGGGGGAGAACAAGAGUCAAGUGACGAUAUACGUGUCGGAAAAGGGAAUCACCGGUUCUUACAGAAGAAUUCCUGCCAACGAAUUGGUCGCGUAUCUGUCGCAGGUUAUGCAAAAACAGCAGUUAGUGCAGAACGGAGUGGAAGAUAUAUUUCCGCUGGUGAAGCUCGAUCCGUCGCAACUGAAAGAGUACCUGGAUAAUCCACCCUGCGCCAUCGACGCCAGACUGUGGAAGCAAGCGCAGCUAGACAAUCCCAAUCCGGAGCUGUACAUUCCAGUUCCUAUGGUCGGCUUUCAGCAGGUCAAGCACAGGCUGAAGUGUCAAGAAGAGGAAACUGCUAGACAUAGAGCGUUUCUGGAUAUGGCGGCUGAGAAAAUACAAGGCUUGCAGAGGCAGCACACGGCCACGCAGGCCCGACUUAAGGAACAUAGGCGUACAUUAUUGGAACUUCAGCACAGGGUUCUGCAGGUGCUGGUACGGCAGGAGAUUACGCGAAAGGUUGGAUUAUCCUUGCAGCCGGAGGAAGAAGUUCUGACACGCAGAUUCGAAGCGAUGCAUUCGCAAAUCAGUGCUCCAACGCAAUAUAAAGGUAGAAUUAGCGAAAUGCUUUCUCAACUCAGAAUGAGGAGACAUAUCGAUAUUCAAAACCAAGAGAGGUAUACCAUGGAUCCCAUAGCACAGGACGAUAUUAAAACGUACCUAAGUAUGGAGCAGCAGGGCAUGGCGCAGCUUAUUUCGACAAUAAACGCCGAUUUAGAAAGCUUAAAGAUUAUUAAGGAUGGAAUGUCAGAACUUUUGAUGAGCCAAAGUAUAUCCUGAGGAUUGUAAUAUAUAAUAAAAAUUUUUUUCAAAUAUCUUCUAACUAAAAAAAGAUAACGGUGUUUAUUAAUGUUUGUAUAAAUUGAUCGUGGUUAUAUAUGUGUAAAAUACUUAUAUUUUUCACAAA